UCCACCACUCUGGUUAGGAUUCAGAGAGGUUGGAUUAUCAAUAGGGAUGUGAAAGCAACAAUCGCGUCGGCUCGCUGAGCGUGGCAGGCGGAUCCCCUUAACUCAGCCUUUGAACCCUUCGCAUCGAGGCUGCUUUGAACUCCAGGUUGAGUUGAGGGAGGGUUUUCGCUGCACUCAUGGAGGUGAAAGCGAGCAGGACGGUGCUGAUUACGCGAGUGGAGAGUUUCAGCGCCGCUCACCACCUCCACAGUAAAUGCUUGAGUGCUGAAGAAAACAAGAGAAUUUUUGGAAAAUGCAACAACCCUAAUGGCCAUGGUCAUAAUUACAAAGUGGAGGUUACAGUACGUGGAGAGGUGAAUCCAUCAACUGGGAUGGUGAUCAACCUCACAGAACUAAAGGAGCAUAUGCAGGAAGCCAUCAUGAAACCACUUGACCAUAAGAAUCUGGACAAAGAUGUUCCAUACUUUGCUAAUAUUGUUAGUACUACUGAAAAUGUAGCUAUCUUCAUCUGGGACAAACUUCAAAAACGUCUCCCACCAAAUCUACUGUAUGAAGUAAAGGUGUACGAAACGGAUAAGAACAUUGUUAUUUAUCGUGGAGAAUAGAAGCUUUCCUUCGAAUUAUUGCAGUGUUGUGGUCUUGCACUGGUGCCAUGUUGACUCACGAUUUCAGUUGACCAAUGUAACCUCGGUGAAAUGUCACCACCGUGUUGUGUUAAAUUCUGUUGACCUGCCAAAUAAGUUCCCACGGUAGUUACAAAUGAAGAAGGCCAUUCAGACCAUCUUAGUUCAGCAUCUAGAAAAUCCAAAAGUGCUUCAUUUCGGUAUCCAGUUGUUUCUUAGAGGAUUCUACUAAUCUUCCAAGACAUCCAUUCCACAUGAUCAGUUUAUGUGUGAAAGAGAAUUUUCUUGAUAUUGAUUCUAUGUUUAAAAUUGUUAAUUUGCAUUUAUGUCUCCUUUGUUAUGACCGGGAUGGGAGGAGUGCACAGUUUAUCUAGCCCCACUACUUCGCAGAUUGCACUAUUAGCUUAAAAAGUUUAAUUCACUCAUAAAAAUGACCAAUUAUUUACCUCCACUACUGUCAGACCCAAAAUAAAAGAGACUUCAAUCAGGCUUCUUUCAACAAACUCAGAAUGAUUGAUUUAUUAUAAAAUGAAACUUCUUUUGUAAAACAAGUUGCAAGAACUGGUUAAUACGCAAUUGUAAUCUGUAAGUAUAACUAUCUAUCCCUUUUAAAAAUACCCAGCACACAAACACACACAAACAUACAAAGGACAAAUUGAUUGGGUCUCUGCAGAGGUGGGCUUUGGGGAAUAGACUUUUUUUUAAUGGAUAAAGUUUGCAAGGUUUUGACACUGUUGAUCUGGAGAACCCAUGAGUUAAGACAGAUCGUUAGCCCCAAUAGAGGCCUGGAGGCUCUCACCAAUGGAGCUUCGGCCUGGAGGAAAAUAGAGCCGGAUCAAUCCUUCUCAUCUCAGUCUCUCAGGUUUCCAAAGACAGAUAAGUUCCACUGAGAGGAUAAUUCUUAGCUGGAUACCGACAAUCACAAGGCUUCAGGCAAGGCAAAGAGAAUGCGAGCUGGGCAGCUUUUCCCUAUCUCAUUUCAUUCCCAACUGAAUUCAAAAAGCAAGUUGUAAACUUAAAGCUCAUCUAUGUCAUGUGAUUUUCAAUAAAUCACUAGCUUUUGCCUUUAAACCAGUUCCCCCCCAAUCAAUUAAAAUAAUUGAAGUGCAUUCAAGCAAACAGCUCUUCCCCUCAAGCAGCAAGCUGGUCAGGUGAUUUCUUAGAAAAGGCACGCUUGCUCCCAGUCCAAAGGUGAAUUAUGGCCGUGUUAAAAACAAUCUAGGUCAGUUUCCAAGUGUCCAGAGAAUGCAAUGUCCAUCCAUAUUUUUGAAAAAAAAUUGUCCUGAGAGAUAUGAUUCUAACACCUUGUCCCAAUUUUGUGACUUAAAGCAACAAUGCUAUGGGUGCCAUUAUCUAAUCCAGGGGCUAAUAUAUUGGCAGCAGUGGCCGCAGAAAGAGAACACUAUUGUUUGGCACUCUGAAAUCUUGGGACUUCUGAAAAGAAAGAAUGAGAAAUGCUCGGAAAUGAAAUUUCUGGGAUUCCUGAAACCAGUAUUUUGAAUGAACUUUACAUGUCAUAACUGUAAACGGGACAGAAUUUGGACAAAAUAUCUGUAAAUAUUGAAAUCAAUUUCACACUACUAGCCCUAAAACUCACUUGUACAAAUGGAAUGACCCCUGUGCUUUGGGAAAAACCUAUAUUUUUAUUUUGAGUGCUGCCCCUUUACUUCUAAAGUGAAACUGGGGCGUAUUCUGAAAGGGGUAUAAUUGGACUUCCUCGCAAGCAUUUUGGCUCCAAGAAAUGCCCAUGUGACCAGAGGUUGCUAUGGAGAUGAAAGUUUAAAACAAAUAGAGUAAAUAGAAAGCUAAUUAACGAUGAAUUACAGCUGCUCACAGAAUCUGCCGUUCAGAACAUAAAAUGAGACAUAUCUGUGUGUAGAACAGAACCCACUGUUGAGAGGAUCGGAGGAGACACUUUUAGAAGGAGCUAUGUGUGUUUAAAGAACAGAAAGCUGAAAACAGGCAGAUCAAAGAUUGUGAAUUGGACAAGACCAUCGUGGCUGUUUCAGUUUUGCCAGAGCCAACCAGACCAUUCAAAGAGCUCAGAGAAGGGAGUCAUUGGGGAUUCUGUGCCACCAAAUUUUGUGAGCCUAGCUGGGGAGGUUCUGCAGAGGUGUGCUCUUUGGGUGUCAAUUGUAUUUGGGAAAAUUGGAAUAGGAUAUGACUGCCGGUGAAAGUGACUCAAGGCCAAAUCCACUGUGUGGGAAGUGAGAGACCCUGUGUACCAGAGGCCAAGUAGGAAAGACUGUGAGACUGUACGUGGUGUUACAUUUGUGCAGGAAGUAAUGUGAGUGCUUGUAACUACAUGAAACAUAUCUUUGUUGCAUCAACUACUUAAAAUGAAAUUUACCUUUUAAUUUGAGAUAUCAUUCAACUGUUCAUGAAUGUUUGAGUUACAUUGUUUUGAACUGGCUUGUUACAGUAAGAAUUUUUAAAAGUUAAAUCUUGUCCAUCGGUUUUCUUUCUGUUGGUGUGGCGGUGAUCCCUUUCUUUGGAAAAGUUUAUCAGUCUCUACAGGCAUUGUAACACAAAGUGUCCUUGGAAACAAGGCUCCAGAGUGAAUUAAAAGCAAUGUGAAGAAAUCCAGAAAUGCACUGUGAUAGAGAAGGUCAAAGGUACCAACUCCAAAGAAAAGAAGAUGGAUUUACAAAGUCUUAAUAUUUUGUAUAAAGUAAAGCAUUAGGGCUGAUAAAGUAUAAACAUCUUUCAAAACAUUGA